AUGAACCAAAUGUGGUAUCUCGUCGUUCUUUUCGCAAGCUUCGCGAUCUGCGGGAUGAUAGCUUCGACCGUUCCAGAGAAUUCAGUACGAGACUCUUUGGCGGACCAGCGAGUAAGAACUUUUACCGAUGCCGACAAGAUUCCGGAUAGAAAUUGGACCACGUUGUCGGAAGCGUUGGACCUCUUCGAUGUGCGUUAUCUUGCCAAGAAUUGGACAGAAGGGAAAUAUCCUGUUCAGGAGCAAUGUGCCAAAGAUAUUACGAGGUAUAUCAAAGGAUUGAAGAAUCACGAAGACUGGGCUAUAAAAGCGAAUGAUGCUUCGGGCAGAUAUACCAACGGCUUCCUAUGGGGAAACUCCUACUAUGUCGGUUCAGCUAUCCAGUGUGCCUACAUCAACGAAGACUAUGGAAGAAAAAUAGUGAAAAUCAAAGAGAAACCGAUGGAGGAGGCGAAAGAAUUUAACAGCGAACCGCGAAAAAUACACGGCGGCCUCACUGAAAAUAAUCUCUGGACCGGGACAAGAUCGAAUAAGUCGCCUCAUAAAUUGGGAUUUUAUAUGAUGACCAUUUCAGUGAAUACCACUUUAUUUCCUACGACAAGAAUGAUUUAUCUAGGAGUAUGUUUACCUUUCUCGUGCAACGCUUCCGACGUUUCUGUGAUAGCAAAACUUGCUGGCAGCGAACAGGCGAUGAAACAUUCGACGCUUCACAAGGUUCGAGAUCAGCAUGAUAUGUACGAUAUGUACGAGGACCCAGUCUUCUGGAUUCUAUCUGGUGUGACCGUUGUGGUUGUCUUGCUGAUGGCAAUUGGGACCGGAUAUGAUAUUUAUAUAACGAGAAAAUAUACUCGAGGAAGAAAAGUGAUUUACGAUUUGGAAAAGCACGCGAAACUUAACCAGUUAACUGGCAGAAGUCAAAAGUCUCUCAAUACUGCUUUUCAAGGUAAGGUCUACCUUCCUGUUCCAGCGGCGGAAGCUAUCAUCAACGGACCUCAAUCCUUAACAGUUAAUAACAACAACGAUCACGAAGGUAGUCUACGCUCAGCCAGUCCGAAAGUACAUAAAUUCAGUGUCUUCGAGGAGUUGCUGCUUUCUUUCUCGGUUCGAGCUAAUGUAAAAAUUAUUUGCGACGAUAAAGUCGGUGGUGAUACGAUCAGUACCAUUCAUGGUCUCAGAGCGAUAUCUAUGGCCUGGGUUAUUCUCGGUCACACUUGUAUUAUCGUCUUCAAGUACUCGGAUAAUAUGGAAUAUCGAAAAAUCGUGGAAAGAAAAUUCCUCUUUCAAACUAUAACGAACGGAGCUUUCAGCGUCGAUACGUUUUUCUUCAUGGGUGGCUUACUCGUGAGUUUCCUCUACUUCAGGACAAACGCGAAAGGAGACUUGAAUAAACUCACGCAGGGCACACGGGGCAUCGUCGCAGGUGGCCUCAAGUUCAUCGGUCUUCUCAUGUACCGAUUUUGUAGACUCACAGCUCCCUACAUGUUCAUACUCGGAGUUAAUCAAAUCGUAAUGAAAUGGUUUCAUUCGAAUUCCGUGUUUGAACCACCGACCGCGGAUCAUUACAACUGUCCCAACUACUGGUGGAGGAAUUUACUCUAUAUCAAUACUUUAUUCCCGGUAGACCAAAUGUGCAUGAUUUGGAGCUGGUAUGUUGCGGAUGACACUCAAUUUUACAUUAUUGGCGCCGUGAUAUUAGUUUUAGCGACAAACCACUUUAAAAUUGCAACCUUCGCGAUGACUACUUUACUACUAAGCUCCUGGAUAACAACAGGAUACAUUGCUUUGAUAAAUAAUCACAUGCCAAGCUCGGACGACCCGUUGGCGCUUUUCGAUAAGAUCUACGAUAAACCAUGGACUAGAUUAGGUCCUUAUCUUAUAGGCAUGUCGGUAGGAUACUUCCUUUUCAAGACUGAUUGCAAAAUAAGAAUGUCCAAGACGACAAUUUGCAUAGGAUGGCUCCUUUCUUCGGCAUCUCUUUCAAGUUUAUUGUAUGGUCUGUACGAAACAGAACUUAGUCCUAUAAUGGCAGCUAGUUAUUCUUCGUUAAGUCACAGCGUAUGGGCGCUUGGUUUAUCGUGGAUCGUCGUUGCAUGUAGCACAGGUUACGGAGGAUACGUGAAUAGUAUUCUGUCAGCACCGAUUUUAUAUCCAGUUAGCAGAAUAACGUAUUGCGCUUACUUGGUACAUCCGCUUGUGAUUCGAAUGACGCCUAUGAACUUGGACUCACCACUUCAUUUAGGAAAAUAUACCAUGAUGAUCACUUUCUUUGGAGCACUGGUUUCAUCGUAUAUAUUAUCAUUUGUCAUAUCGGUAUCCUUCGAAGCUCCUAUUGUGAGCAUGUUAAAGAUACUUUCCCCCAAGAAACGGAAACGCAUACAAUGAUGCAACGACGCGAUAAUUUGGCAUACUAUAUUUCAUAAAAUUAUUUGUCUUUAUUCUAUGUAAUUAAUGUAAAGAAGAAAUUAGGAAUCAGUGAGAAAAUAUAGACGCGUGCGUAAAAAUUAAGCACAAUUAUGCAUUAUU